AUGGAUCCACCUAGAUAUAAUCAGGUAUUAGAUUUUAUUGCUAUUCUUGAGCAAUCUGAUCCCGCUGCUUUUCAAAGUUAUAAUUAUUCUACUCAAAAGGAAUACCCUUCAAUUCAACGAGACAAAAUCACUGACAUCAACUCCAAAGGUUUACCAACAAUUGCUGAUGUUGUAGCCCAUUUGAAAUUAUUGAAAGCUUUUGGUGCAUUGAAGGCAAAAGUUCUUGGUACUUCCAAAGUAAUCAAAGACCUUGAACCGGCUCAACACAAAUACUGGCAAGUGUUUCUUACCAAUGCAGUUAGACGAUUUAUUAUAUUUGUUUCGGCAUUGAGGAAGUAUUCUUGUGAUACAGUGUCGACUGUUGUCAGAGAACACACUUUUCACAACCUUGCAAAAAAUAACAAAUUUGAAAGUAUGAUGAGUCAAAUCAUGCCUCCUUUGGAUGUGAUUAUGGUAUGGCACGCAUUUUUAUUAAAUCCAAAAACCUUUUACGAUUCAUUUACCAGAACUGAUUUUAUUGUGUUUGCCAAAUAUCCAUUACCGUUGGAUAGAAUCCAUGGCUGUAUUAACAAUACUACUUUUGAAUUUAAUGUACCAGAGAUUUAUCGAGAAAACUAUUCAAGUUUGUUGCAAUCUUUCAUCAAUGAUCCCAAUGAUUUAAUUUUUGAUCCUAUUGACGACUUGCUAGCUGUUAGGAUUACUGAUAAGCAAGUCAACAUUUAUUGUCCACGAUGUCAAAAACCAUUAACGUUUCAACUGGUGCCACUAACGACAACACUGGAAACUGGAUUUGCUGAUCCAGGAUUUGAAGCAUAUUCGAUAGAAGACAUUGACGAGCAAAUCAGAAACAACCCACAUUUCCAGGUAGAAUGCAUUUGCUUGCUUACGCCAGUUUGGAAUCAUGACCAAUUGAGAAAACUUCAAUUAUACCAUGAUGUUCAUGGUGAUACUGAGUUGUCACAUGCGUAUAAGUAUUUUUCUUCAAUCAUUUCAAGGGUAAUUUCUAUUAGACGUAGUCCUUACCUUGCCAGUUCCAGUGUUAAAUCUUAUGUGAAAAAUAGAUGGAAUAACUUGCAGCUUAACUUGUAUAAGGAAAUGCUGUUGGUAAAUUUGAUCAAACUGGUUUCAUCAUUACCCGAUGAAGAAAAGAGACUUAAAAAUCUUUUGUUAAGAAGUUAUCUUCAAUUCAAUUUGAUUUAUUUUACAGUUCGUGGGGGUAUUGAAAUUGGUGAAGAUUUGGUGGGGUGUGUGUUACGACAAGAACGAUUUGUUGAAAAAAUGAAUACAACGCUCAAUUGGCUACAUUCACCAUUCAUUUAUCAAACAUUAUCAGAAUCUUUAACGAGGUAUGGAAAUUUUUUCCACAUGUUGACAUCUAGUGACUUGAAACAAAUGCUUGUUCCUACUUUGGAUAUCGAUCUUAUGUGGCACACUCAUCAAUUAUGGAAUUAUGGCUAUUUCAAAGACUGUUUGGAAUCACCGUGUCAUACGGGGAUUGACCAUGAUGAUACUGUCGAUGAAAAUAAAUUAGACGAUGGUUAUGAGUUUACUCGCAAAUUGUAUCGCAAGUUGUUCAAUCAAGAGUAUUCAAUUUGCUAUUGUCAUUCUUGUAUUAUGCGUCGAUCUGCCACCACCAACAAAUUCUCAUUUUGGAUGAAAUCUGGUAGUAAACAAAUGAGAUUAGAGGAGAAAACGAUUGUUAAGAAUCCAUUAUUCAGUAAAGAUGAAGGGUUUUCACAUAUCAGUACCCAUAAUUCUAUUAAAUUGCCAACAUCACAAGCACAAAUGAAAAGAAGAAAAUCAAUUACUGCAUCUUCGUUGGAAAAAGAUAGGAACAAUUCCCAUUAUUAUUACCUUCCUAAUUCUUCCUUGUUUGUUAUAUUACCUGGCGUUCCAGUAGAUUCAGGGAUGUAUGCAUUGUAUGCUAAUACUCUCUGCUGUUCUAUUGUCAAUGCUUCGAGUUCCUAUGGUAAUUGUGGUGGUUUAUGUACGGGUGGUAGUAGAGAUGGACAAGGUAAUAGUACUGGUGGAAGCUGCGGUGGCAGUAGUGGUGGUGGUUGUGGUAGCAGUAGUGGCGGUGGUGGCUGUGGAGGUGGUAGUAGUAGUGGCGGUGGCUGCGGAGGUGGAGGUGGCUGUGGUGGUGGAGGUGGUGGUUGUGGUGGAGGUGGGUAA